UUAAAAUGAUCGAUGUUUCUUUCUUUUGGGGGAUGGUGGUGGGUUUGUAGUCAAAACGACGUCUCUCGGAGAUCGAAAUUUCGGAUCGUCUCUCUCUUCUUCUUCCUUCAAAUCCGAUUUCAGACAACCUUUUUUUACCUCCGACAAAGAAGAUUUCCUUUUUUUUUUCAGCUCAGUCAAUGGUUCACUGGUUGUUCCUUAUCCAUUCACAUUGGUUGUUUUGUCUCUUCUCCCUCUAGUGUUGAACUCUGCACCUGAGGUAAAUCGCUGCACUGCAAAAGGGAGGACAAGUGGAUAGUCUCUGCAAUCAAGUAUUAGUACUGAAGCUAACAUGGCUGAUACCAGUUCAAGAACUGAUGCUUCAACUGAUGGCGACACAGAUCCUCGAGAUAUGGGGUCUGAGAGAGGGCAAGGGAUGCUUGCUGCUGCUUCCGACUCCAGUGGUCGGUCAAAGGAUAAGUUGGAUCAAAAGACCGUUCGUAGGCUUGCUCAAAACCGAGAAGCAGCAAGGAAAAGCAGACUGAGGAAGAAGGCGUAUGUUCAGCAGCUGGAGAACAGCCGGUUGAAGCUGACUCAACUUGAGCAGGAGCUGCAAAGAGCAAGGCAACAGGGAGUUUUCAUCUCAAGCUCAGGAGACCAAGCCCAUUCUACUGGUGGAAAUGGGGCUUUGGCAUUUGACGCCGAACAUUCACGAUGGCUUGAAGAAAAGAACAAGCAAAUGAACGAGCUGAGAUCUGCUCUGAACGCUCACGCAGGUGAUACUGAGCUCCGGAUAAUUGUGGAGGGAGUGAUGUCUCACUAUGAAGAGCUUUUCAGGAUUAAGAGCAGUGCAGCUAAGAAUGAUGUCUUCCACUUACUAUCUGGAAUGUGGAAAACACCAGCUGAGAGAUGUUUCUUGUGGCUUGGUGGGUUCCGUUCAUCUGAACUUCUCAAGCUUAUAGCGAAUCAGCUGGAGCCGAUAACAGAACGACAGGUGAUGGGCUUAAAUAGCUUGCAGCAGACGUCCCAGCAGGCUGAAGAUGCCUUAUCUCAAGGGAUGGAGAGUUUACAGCAAUCAUUAGCUGAUACUUUAUCUAGUGGAACUCUUGGUUCUAGUUCAUCUGAUAAUGUUGCAAGCUACAUGGGUCAGAUGGCUAUGGCAAUGGGGCAGUUAGGGACCCUCGAAGGAUUCAUCCGCCAGGCUGAUAACUUGAGGCUGCAAACACUCCAACAGAUGAUUAGAGUGUUAACAACGCGCCAGUCAGCUCGAGCUUUUCUUGCCAUACAUGAUUAUUCAUCUCGACUACGUGCUCUUAGUUCAUUGUGGCUUGCCCGGCCAAGAGAGUGAAACACAAGGAUAGUGCUUUACUCACCUUCUAUACAUAAUCUUACAAUUCAAAUCGGUAGGUAUACUCCUUCCAAGAGAAUCACAAAGCAAAAGGCCUUUCUCAUCUUACAGAAGACUGCAGAUCUUGAAAAUGGGUUUCUGAGAUCCCCAAAAGACUUAGAUUGUGUUGUGUGUUGUAAUCUUUAGCCAAUCAGGUUGUGUAGUUUCUAGAGAGUGGAUGUUUAUAGCCUUUGAAUAUUGAACAUGACAGGAGAUGGGAUACACUUUCAGGAACUUGGAUUGUUUAAUGAUCAUAAAUCAAACAGACCAAUUCAAUUUAUA